AUGAUCAAAGUAUAUCAGAAAGUCAUCCUGGUUGUCCUCAUCCUUAUUGGUAUGAUGCUCGGGAUCUAUUUCCGGUUCUUCAAACGACCCCCCCUCGAUCAAAUUUUGGCGGCGAACGUCGUCUUCAGUGAUGUGGAACACGAAAUGUACGACUACAUAGAGAGCAAGGAGUCAGGUGAGGAACCAGUCAUGGACGAGGUAAUGAGGUCAAAGAUCAGAUGGGAAAUCUGGGUCAGGGCGAUGAAUUACGUGAGCAUCGGAACGCUUUUUAAUAAGUGCAAUGACACGCGAAAAGUGACAUUGGGCAAGGUGAUUCUAAUGGAGGACCAGGUCCGCGGCGGUCUCAAGCUAAGAACUUAUCUGAACGUGACAUUCGACAAAGACAUAACUGCAGGAAGGAUAUUUCUGGCCUGCCAGUACAACGGAAAUGAUAUUUACUCUAAGGAUUGGGAUCUCUGCACUCUGGAAAAAGAAAUUAAACCGGAAGAUCGCAUCAUCAAUUGUCCCGUCAGCAAGGGAAAAAGGAGGUUUGUGAAGGAUUUGAAGAUCCCAAACUACUUGCCCAAGGGGCACUUCAUAGCCAGGGCAUGGGUCGUGGACCAGCAUAACAUGGAGAUAGGAUGCGGAUUUGCGGAUUUCCAAAUUUAA